GGUAUUUUUCUUGACGUAAAAUCCAGCUAUAUCUAAAAUCAAAUGUAUAUAAUUAUGUGCAUGUUGAACAAUGGUACAAUGUAGACUUAUUCGAUGUCGCGUUUAAAUGAUCCACAUGCAGCAUAAAGUCCGAGAUUACAAUUUAAGUGGUAUUCUUUCUUAGUUUGUCGGGAUGCAUGAGAAAAGGCCAUCAGCAGUGCGUGUGUUGGUAUCAUUAUCUCUUCCUUUUUGCCUUUGGCUUUGGGCCAUUGUCGCACCCGGAUGCUUUAUCAUAAAAUGGGAAAGCACAAAAGCACUACCUGUAUCAGUUCAUAAGUAUAACCCUCUUGUACCCUCUUUGAUGAACAGUAAAUCUGACCCUCUGAACACUACGACUAAAUAUUCUCUAGAGAUGGGCAUCUUUUACGUCACUGUAUGUGAGUCUGGAGCAUGCGUACAAGAGGAUUAUGAGAAACUACCCCUAAAAUUAAGAAACAGUAUACCUGACCUGACGGAAAUUAAGAUUGAGGGCAUUUCUGCUUUGGGUCUUUGUGUGACUGGCUUCUUUUUCCUGCUUUUAAACUUUGGAAAUUCUUCCCGAGUCCUUACAGGGGGGAUAAGUGUGCUUUUGGCCGCUGUUGUUGAAUUUGUUAUGGCUAACCGAAUGGUAAGGAAAGUUGAAGAUGCCAUCGAUUUAAUCUGGGAUUAUGAUAGAAUUUCAACGGAUGGUUACUCCCCCAUAAUUUCUGCUGUUGGUACAUCUUUCAGUCUCAUUGUGUUGUACCGCUGUUGGGAUUUGUACUCCAAAAUUAGACGACAGCAAACCACAGACGGUCGAAAGCUGAAAUUAUGUACGAUCUUCAAUCCCAACAAGUUUACAAUUCUGUGAAAAGGCCAAAUUACAGAGAUGCAUCUUCCGUAACCUUAAACAUAUCAUGUAAAUGUAAAUCCUACCAGUAUAUGCACGAUGCUUGAUUCAAAUGUAAAAUGUCACAUUGUCCAUAUCUUUUAUUUUGGCGUCAUAUUAUUUAAAAUAUACUAAGUAACAUAUCAAAAUAUGCACAUAUAAAAAUCUAAUUAACAUUGACAUUUUGGUUUAAUAUUAUAAUGUUGAGUUCAUUCAUUUUAUAGCUGUUUCAAAAAUAAGACAUAUAUAGGGGGUGUCGCCGCAUCACAACUAAACUUCACGUUUUGUUGCCGCGUCACAACUGAACGUCACGUUUUGUCGCCGCGUCAAAACUAAACGUCACAUUUUGAAGAAUAUAUUUUGUAGGAUGAAAGAGACAAACACUAUAAUAUCUAAGAACGUGCCUACUAUAUAUAUAAUUGGCCAAUCAUUUUUAAAGACAAAAUUUACGUCAUAUUUAAUGAUAGUUAAAAAUUAAAUGACGGCAUUGCUUUUUCUUCUUAUUAUAAACAUUGUCUUUUACUCUGAUGCAUUGAACAAAGGAGGUGUAAAAGUAUUGGGGGGGGGGGGGUCGCAACAAGCUGUAAUGCAUUUUGCAUUUUUACAUGAAAAUGGGGAAAUUACUAGUAGAGACAGUUUACUUUGAUUAUUCAGACUCGCAGUGAAAAGAAUAUAUAAAAGUCGUGUUUAAAAAUGGUUUCGGCGAUUUUGGGAAGGUUGAAUGGGUCAUUGAAUGAUUAGCAGAAGACAGGAAGACCAAAAGAUGAGAGGUCGGACGGAAACGUAUAGGAGUAUCUUGUGUCUGAUGUUAUCAAAAGACAUGAGUUAUCUGUUAUAGAAAGGGAUAUGACAACUUUGUCUCGUGCACUGUUAAAGGAAUAUUGAGUGACAGAGGACUUAAUUAUAAAAGGAGUGACUCAAAUGAGUUUACGAUGGAACAUACCAAGAAUUCUUUUAAAAUAACAAAUUUAUGAACGUGUUCGUGAAUCUCAAAUAUUUUUUUAUUGGGACACGUUUGAAUGUUAUUCUCUAUUUGGAAGUUGAUGGCUCGGUUGGGGGUAGUAUUAAAACAAGCCAUCAACUUCUCAGUAGAGAAUAGUUUAAAUGUAUGACGGCGUGUAUCCAUUAAAUGACGUUACUGUUAUUCAGAGGUGGCGACUACUAAAAUCUCACUUUGUAUAUAAAUGUGAUCUUUAUAAAUGUAUUAAUCACAUGUUAAAUUGAAAAUUUUCAGGUCUGAAUUGAAAUAAA